GAUAAAAAUAUCAUUAUCUUUUCAGUGGAUGUGACUCUGGAUCCAGACACAGCCCAUCCUAACCUUAUCUUGACUGAAGAGAGAAGUGUAACCUGGGGAGAGGACCGUCAAGAUUUACCUGAUAACCCACAGAGAUUUUAUGCUGUUCCCUGUGUUCUGGGUCAGCAGGCUAUCACCUCAGGGAGAUGUUACUGGGAGGUGGAAGUUGGGAAUACAAAAGCCUGGGAGUUGGGAAUAUGUAGAGAUAAUGUAAUAAGGAAGGAGAAGAUUGUCUUUAAACCUCAGAAUGGGUUCUGGGUCAUCAGGUUUUAUAAUAAUGAGUACUGGGCACUCAGCUCUCAAAUGACACCAAUUACUACAAAAAAGAAGCCUGCCAGAAUAUGUAUUUUUCUGGAGUAUGAGGAUAGACGUAUUUCAUUCUAUAAUAUGGCAAAUAACUCCCACAUAUAUACAUUUGAUCAGUGCUCCUUUUAUGGGUCCUUAAAACCUUUAUUCCGGCUUUGGCCCAAUGAGUCCAAGAAUCUGACCAUAUGUCAAAUCUGA